UGUCAAACAGCAGCAGACUCUGUUUCUGCCUGUAAAUCCUGCUCUUGGUCACUCAGGUGAUCAUCUGAACAGCAGCCAGGCUGCCCCUGCCUCACCUUGGAGCAUCCCUGGCCUGUGCCAGAGGAACCCCAGGCUGAGGAGGGGGGUUCAGGUGCUUCAUUUUCUGUGACUGUUGUGGGAUUAACGUGAACAGGAGCAAAGGCACCCCAGUGGGAAACUCCUUUUCCAAAGCCCCAAAACAAAGAAUACAAUCCUGAGGAAUGUUUCAAAACCAGCAGGUUUGGUUUGUUUAGAAUCCCCAGCCCAGACCUUUGUGUGCACAGAGCUGCAGGGACUUUGCUGGCUGAACCUCCCAGUUCCUGCAAGCAGGAAUUUGCUCUGGCUGUCACAAGAGGGAACUGCAGCACCAGUUUGGAGCUGCUUCUCUUCACACAUCUUUUCUCUAAGGACUCGGUGGUUGCAGUCAACUUCCUCCUAAAACUGCUCUCUCCUUACAAAUACAAUUAUCUUUUAGAUUGUGCAUGAAAUUGCCCAUUUUUGUUGCUUUUGAGAACUUAUUUCUGGUCAGGUAAAACUUGGUUUUACCAAGUAUCUUCAUGGCUUUUUAAGGCUUGCAAAGCUUUUUUUAAUUACCUGUUUUGCCAUGGUAAAUUUAAAAGUGCAUUUUCCCCCAACACAGAGGGAUCAUUUAAAAAGGAAGAUAUCAGCUAUAGGAAAAGCAAGGACAAGGAUCCCUCUCGUGUUCUCCUUCAGGAGAUGGACUGCUAAAGGAGGGAACAUCUCCAUGGGGAUGUGUAAUCAGAGAAGCUGAUGCCAGAAUCACCUGGAAAAGGAAAGAGGAGGUGACCUGGCUGGUUGUCUGCGGGAUGAGUGGAAAGGAGGCAGCCCCUCCAGGAGCACAGUGCCAGUGUGAGAUCCAGGGACCCAGCUGGCAUCCCCGGGGUGAGCCUGGGGUGUGGGGAGCUCCCUGGCACUCACAGGAACUGCUGCGACACCUUGGGGUGUCUUUUCAAAUGCUAAGAUUGGUGGGACUAAUAAAAUGCAUUUCAUGAGACAAAUUUUCCACACAUAAACCUAUUUUGUGAAUGCAAUAAUCUGAUAGUCUCAUAUGUUAGUCUGUAGGUCACAAGAGAGUAUGGGAAAGUCAUAAAAUAAUUCAAGGCAUAUUAACUUGGCUUUUGAUAUGCUAGUAAAUCAGGGUUUUUCCUUAAAGGAAAAAGAUCAAUUGGAACAAAUAUGAUUUAAAAAUUAAUGCCAGUAUCACAAAGCUAUAAAGAUUUUAUUACUUGGAGCAUUCCCUUUGCAAAGAUGAGUUGGUCUGUCCUUCUAAUCUCCUCUAAAGCAGAGUAGGCUGCAGUUAUUUAUAGGGAUCAUAUAGAAUUUGUAAAACAAAGCAUUUCUUUGCCAGCCUCCUGCAUGUGGGUGCAGAUUCCCAGGGGUUACAAGUACAGUAACCAAGACAGAAAUGUGUCAUUCCAAUAUUUGAUCUCUGGCUACUGGUGCAGUGAUGAAGAUUAGGAAGUGCUCUAAAUAUAUGGGGUAUUGUACCAUCAAAAAUGGCCAAUUUCCUUUGCAGAGAGGGGGAGGUCAGUGAGGUUCAGACAGUUCCUGCCCAAACACCAGGCACUAAAAGGAUUAUUCCCCUUAAAAUCGCUUUUCUCACAGAAAGCCCUGCAGCCCUGCUGCCUUACCCUGUUCCUCCUCCUAAUUUUGGCCCCAAUUCCCUUGAAGCUCUGUAGACAUCUAAAGCAUUGGAAGGGAUUCCCAGCUUUGAGCAGUUAAUGGGAAUGAAGUCCCAGGGGCUGCCCCAAAGGUUGCCCUGAGACAAACCUGUGUGAGCACCUCAGUGAGCUGGAGCAGAAAAGGAAUCUCAUUUCUGAGCCCAACUGCCCAUCCAAGUGCAGCUCUGGGUAUUGAACAUCUCAGUGUCCCAGCACAGAGAGGGAAAAACAGAAAACAGGACCACGUAGUUGGGAGCACAAAGAGAAAUGAGGGAAUUGUUGUUCUUGUGUAUUGUUCUUCAGCAGCAAAGCAGUAGAUGCAUUCUGCCACAGAUAAUUCUGAGUAUUUUCUGAAGCCUUGUGUCCUCUCCUUGUUUUUAUAUUUUGAAACUCUCCCUCUGCUUUUUUUUUUUUCUGGUUGUUGGACUGAGGUCUAUUGUAGAAUUGAUGUCUGGAGUUCAUUCCUCAGUGCCCAACAGAAGAUGUGUUGUUAAAAUAGUGUCGAUAUUGUUGCUGUAUUCUCUGCUGCAGUUACAACCUUUGUCUCCCUCAAGAGCAGCUGUGGACGUGCAGGGCAGCCCUGGGGGGCAGCCCCACCCCGGUGUGAGCAGCAGUGACUCUGCCCUCCCUGUGGCCACCGGGCUGGAAGGAGCCCAGUCCCUGAAGGUCAGAUGCUCCUGUCAGGAAUACAUGAUUCCUGCUGGAAAUUAUUUCCACGAGAUCAGAUGGAUAGAUAUAAUUAGCAGAACCCAGCUAGACAGGAUUGUUACAGGAACAGCUGUGCAGGCAAUGAAGCUAUUGUAUCAGAGAUUUCUUCUUUUUUUUUCAAUAAAUAUUUAACACAGAUUCAUAUUUCUUUUCACAGCAAUUUGGAUCUUAUCCCAAAAGGAUUUGCUUUAUAGCAAAGCCAGACAAAGAAAGUAAAGCUCAUUGUUUAUUCUUGUGUCUCAAAAUGUUGUGAAAGGCUGAACUGUGCAUGGCAUAAUAAAGUGUUACACAGCCCCGGGGUUUAUUGUAAGAUUGCUCCCAUUUUGGGGAAGCAGGAAUGAAAUCCCCUUCCCUAGGGGGUGCCUGGGAAAGGCUGUCCCUCCCAGCUGUGUUCUGGCUGUGAUGUUGGGCAGGUUCUGCCCCUGCUCUGCCCUGUACAGGGAUCCCUGCAGAGCAGCCCCUCCUUGGGACUGCACUUCUGCAGGCAGGAGAGAGCUGCGGGUGCUCUGCUGGCUGAGGGACACCUGCACAGGAGUGCUGAGCAGGGCUGGGCUGGAAUCCCCACAGGGAGGGGUGAGAGGGCAGAGGGCACUCAGAACACCCCAAUCCCUGUCAGGCUGGACAUGCAGGGGUGGUCAGGAGAGUUAUCUGCAUUUACCAUGGGGGGCUUCGUGGCUAAAAGAGUCCAUAAAGCAAUUUUCACCCAUUUCCCUCCCUCUUCAACAAACUGACCCCUUUUAGUCAGACUGCUCUGAAACAGAGGUGCAGUUGGAGGAACAGGAGAGGUAACCUUGAACCCCUGGAUUCCUGCCUUUUUAGACAAUUGAAUGCUUAUAGCCAACCCUGGCACCGGUGAGGCAGGCAGCUGCAGCACGUUCCAAAUACUGCUCUAUUUAAAGCAUCCCAGGGCUCUGGGAGCAACUGCAGAGGCAAAGCUUAACCUGCCAUUAAACCAGCAGAGGGGGAAUGGCAGAACCAGCCCAGGCCCCGCUGUCCCGCCUGCUCGUGCCCGUGCUGCUGGCGCUCGGCUGGAUCCUGGGCUGUGCCCUCAUGGUCUACAUCGUCUUCUCCUGAGGCAGGAGGGGAUGGCAGUGCCACACGCUGCCCUGCGGUCAGAAGAACCUACAGUGAUGCUGAUGAGAAGAACACAGAACUUCUGUUUGGAUUUCUAAUGACUAAAAUACGUAAAAAAUGAGUUCUUUUUAAUAUCAACAAUGUAAAUGUUGUGCACACAUUUUAUUCAUUAGAAAGAAUCACCAAACGAAUUUCCCUGUUCUCAGAUUAUUUGCAAUUGAGGGAGUGGUUUUUGGAAUCUUGUGUUCGGUCAGAUACCUGCCUGCUUGCUGAACAGCAAACUUUUAAAAUAGCUACUACCAGCUAAGGAGCUUCAAGCUUGCUAGAAACAGGGAAGGGUUAAUUUCUCAUGGGGCCUGGGCAAGUACUUUUAGCCUUACUAUGGGGAAAAUCUCUUGAUUUUGUUAUGAAACAGAAACAUCACAUGUCCUUCGAAAAGAGAACCUCAGGCUUAUUCAGGGCUGGCAGGGUUGUACAGCUGAGUGUGUCUGAAUCUCAGGCUCGCCGGGGCCCUCAGUGUCUUGUACUGGGGCGUUUGCCUUUUAAUUAUAAUUGGAGAUAAUUAUAUUCCCCCAGUUAAUAAUAAGCCAUGUGAACUUCCAGCGACUUUGCCAUUUAAAUCACAACUGAGCAUCAGAUCACUGCAUUUUCACUGACAGCUUUGGGCUUUUGAACAUGAAGAUUUUUCAGCUGAAGAACUGCAGUUCUGAGAAGAUGAAAUCAUUAAUAAUUCAGUCCCCAGUUAAAGCAGAGAAUUGAUUGUGAGAGGCAUGUCUGGAAGAUCCCAGCAAGAUGUAUGUUUAAGGGAAUGUGAAAAAACUCUUAAUGACCCCUGAUGGGGUUAAAUAGAGAAAGAAACUCUUUCUUUCACUCCUGCUCACACAAUUUGCAUAAUUUUGAGAAUGUGAGGAAGGCACAUCAGUCAGACAUCCUGACUCCAUCUGUGGGCACUGUCUGUUGAGCUUCAGGAAUGGAAACACAAAUAGAUUUGACCGUGGUGCAGCCCCGAGCAUUCCUGGGCCGCUCCAGCAGUCAGCAGGAGCACCCAAGUGUGACAUUCCCUGUGGGAAUUGUCUCAACACCAGGUUUCUUCACCUGUGAGCGAACUGAGGGCAGAGGGAGGAUCCAGCCUCAUCAGAUGUCCUGAAAGAGAGGGGCUAAACCCUGGAGAUUCCUGCACGGCUGCUGCGUGCUGUGAGCACUGAGCAGCACCAGGGAGCCCCUGCAGUGGAACAUCCCCGUCCCUCCCUGCUCCCUCCCUGCAAGGGGCUGGCUGUGCCCAGAGCCCACCCUGAGCAGGCACUCAGGGUCUCACUUUCAAUUCCUCGGUGUCUGAGCCCUCCCAGACUGAUCCCGCUGUGACCACAGCUGUGUUUUUACAACUCACUCCAUUUACCAGGCACAGAGGGAAAGAGUUCUGAAAGGUCCCGCUGGCCCAAACAGCUCUUUGGGUGUCCCACAACGCUGGAAAUCGAAUGUUUCCAAUUAAAAUGUUACAGAGACAAAAUGUAAACACUACAAUCUGGUUUAGCUUUACCUGAUUUUUGAGAUCUGAUUUGGCAGAGCAAACCAAAAUAACUUUCUAGGCUGGCGUCAAUAUUGUCGAGCUGAGUUGCUGUGUACAAAGCAGGGGUUUCUGCCAGUUUUAUGGGGUAAUAAAGAGAGGAUUAUUCCAAGAAAAAAAUGCAUCCCCCACGCUGUUGGAAGAUCACGGAGCACUCUGCAGUGACCUUUUGGAACCACCUUCAGACAACCCACUCGGGUGUCUGCUCCUGGCAGAGCUGCACGGCGUGAAGCUCUCCUUACAUGCAGGGGUGAAAGGGGUAGCAAAAGGUUUGGGGCUUUUCAUUCCUGAAAAAUAAAACGAGUGUUUGAGAGCCAGGUCCUUUUCUCUCAGAGAGGUGCUGGUGACUGAGGGGGAAAAAACCCAUGCGCAUUCAGAUUUCUUGCGAAAUGCUGGUGCUACACUAUCAAAGCGAGGUGAUAACUUCAGGGCCAGGCCUCUACAGCAUGAUGCCAAGCGUGCCCACGGCCUCUGCCUGGCUUUCCCUGUUUCCCCUGAACAGCUCUUGGAGUAGGGAGGAGUGUCUGUCCCCCUGUUUUGGGAUGCUGCAUGUGGCAUCCUGGAAACUUCCAGGCUCACGUUU